GGCCAGGGGGAGUGAGCGAGCCGCUCCCCCCCCCGUCUCCCUCCUCCCCGCAGGGUGCCCGGCGGGCCGGGGCUCUGCCUGGACCAUGCCGAUCCUCCUCUUCCUCAUAGACACGUCCGCCUCCAUGAACCAGCGGGCGUAUCUGGGCACCAGCUACCUGGACAUCGCCAAGGGCGCCGUGGAGAUCUUCAUGAAGCUGCGGGCCCGGGACCCGGCCAGCCGCGGCGACAGGUACAUGCUGGUUACCUUCGACGAGGCGCCCUACUGCAUCAAGGCUGGAUGGAAGGAAAACCAUGCAACGUUUAUGAAUGAACUGAAAAAUCUUCAGGCUUCAGGACUAACAACCCUUGGUCAGGCACUCAGGUCAUCGUUUGACUUGUUAAAUCUCAAUAGAUUAGUGUCUGGAAUAGACAACUAUGGACAGGGAAGAAAUCCAUUCUUUUUGGAGCCAUCUAUUUUGAUUACCAUCACAGACGGAAACAAACUGACAAAUACAGCUGGAGUUCAAGAGGAGCUUCAUCUUCCUUUGAAUUCUCCUUUGCCUGGAAGUGAACUAACCAAAGAACCAUUUCGUUGGGAUCAAAGGCUGUUUGCUCUAGUGCUGCGUUUGCCAGGAGCUGCAUCUGCUGAACCAGAGCAGCUUGGGAGUGUGCCUACUGAUGAAUCUGCUAUCACACAGAUGUGUGAAGUUACAGGAGGUCGUUCUUACUGUGUUCGGACACAAAGAAUGUUGAAUCAAUGUUUAGAAUCUCUAGUUCAAAAAGUCCAAAGUGGAGUUGUUAUUAACUUUGAAAAGUCAGGACCAGAUCCAGCUCCUAUUGGAGAAGAUGGACUUGUUGAUUCAUCCAGGCCCAUCAAUUCAUUUGCUUCUCAACCGUGGCAUAGUUGUCAUAAACUCAUUUAUGUACGGCCUAACCCUAAAACUGGUGUUCCUGUUGGGCAUUGGCCAAUCCCAGAAUCUUUUUGGCCUGAUCAGAAUUCACCAACACUGCCUCCACGCACAGCUCACCCUGUUGUGAGGUUCUCCUGUGUUGAUUGUGAGCCAAUGGUAAUAGACAAGCUUCCUUUUGACAAGUAUGAGCUUGAGCCUUCACCCUUAACACAGUACAUCUUGGAACGAAAGUCUCCCCAUACCUGCUGGCAGGUAUUUGUGAGUAGCAGUGGAAAAUACAGCGAACUUGGCCAUCCAUUUGGGUAUUUAAAAGCAAGCACUACUUUAACCUGUGUAAACCUCUUUGUGAUGCCUUACAACUAUCCUGUUUUACUUCCGUUGUUAGAUGACUUGUUUAAGGUUCACAAACUUAAGCCAAAUCUGAAGUGGCGACAGGCUUUUGACAACUACUUAAAAACAAUGCCUCCUUACUACUUACUGCCAUUAAAGAAAGCCCUAAGGAUGAUGGGAGCUCCAAAUCUGAUAUCAGAUAAUUUAGAUUGUGGACUUAGUUACAGUGUUAUCUCUUACCUUAAAAAACUCAGCCAACAGACAAAAAUAGAGUCGGAACGGAUAAUAGGUUCAGUGGGUAAGAAAGUUCCACAAGAAAUUGGAAUAAAAGUGAAAAAUCACUCCAGUGGCCUCUCCUUGGUACACAGUAGGGAUUUUAAGCAACUGCUGCAAGGGAUCACUGGGGAAUCUCCACUGAGACUGGCAGAAAUGAAUGUUAAAGAAUUUGCUGGCUUCCACAUAGGACUUCUAAACAAGGAUUUGAAGCCGCAGGCUUUCAGAAAUGCAUAUGAUAUUCCUCGUCGCAGUCUUCUAGACCAGCUAACUAGAAUGAGAACCAAUCUUCUGAAAACACAUAGGCUUAUCUUGGGGCAGGAUGAAGACUGCCUUCAUAGUGUUCCUGUUGCUCAAAUGGGAAAUUACCAGGAAUACCUGAAAAUGAUGCCUUCACCCCUUCGGGAGAUUGACCCAGAUCAACCAAAAAGACUUCAUACCUUUGGCAAUCCAUUUAAACAGGAUAAGAAGGGUAUGAUGAUAGAUGAAGCAGAUGAAUUUGUUGCUGGGCCUCAGAAUAAGAUUAAGCGUCCCGGAGAGCCCAAUACUCCAGCGUCACUAAAGAGAAGGCGUAGCAUGUCACCACUGUUGAGACGGCCACAGUCACCACCCGUUGUAACGAAUCACGUUGGUGGGAAGGGGCCACCGUCUGCUGCUGGAUCCCCAUCGUAUCUGAACCUCAAAGGCGUCCCGGCAAAUAAAGAUACCAAUAACAGUAUUGUCCAAGAUGGCAAUGGAGAGAAGAAAGCAGAAAAUUGUCAGUCACUGGAAAAGCAAAUUGAUGGCUUACCUGUGCAAAUGGCUCCUUCGGUUCCAGCUGCUAUGGAAGAGGAUGAAGUGUUACCCAAUGACUUAGACUCUCUACCUGUUGAAUUCAAUUGUUUAAGUGAAGAUGGGUUGGAUCAUAAACCUGGUACCAACGCACUUGUUCGAGGGCCUCUAAAUUACAGUGUGGCUGGAGAUGACCAAAAACGGGUGAUGGAGUCUACUUCCGAAUCUGUGCCAAAUUCAUUUAAAAUAACACCUAUGAUGUUGGAGGGAAACAAUGCUGAUAUCAAAAUUAAAAUGAUGAAAGAGGUUCGCAAACCUGGAAGAAAUUAUGAAAAAAUUUUCUCUCUUCUUGAGGAGGUGCAAGGACCUGUGGAAAUUCAGAAGUAUUUCAUUGAAUUUGCUAUCAAGGAGGCAGCAAGGUUUAAAAAACGGGUCUUAAUACAACACUUAGAGAGAAUACUAGAGGAACUAGAGUUCAACAGCCUACCCAACAGAGUUAAUCAUGUCAACAGUAGAUAAUAAUAUACCGGCCAGACGAAUAUGGACCAGGAAUGAGUUUGCUGUGCCACAGAAGAGUGGAAGAGGAUGUAGCUGGUGCCCUCACCAUCUUGGCAGUCAAGUGAUUUUACUGUCACAGUCUGAGAAGAAGCAGUGGAGCUUUAACUUUAAGAACCUCUAUCGGCAGAAGCUGGCCUAUAACCUUAAGGAUUUGCUAUGAAAGGUGUGGCUUUUUUCCUGUGGAGGGUGCUAUUUGCUCAACAGGCUGAAGAAAAUAACCAUUGCUGCCCCUCCUGCAGACAUUAUGAAAGUGCACCUGAGGCUUCCCAGGUCCCCGACUUCAGUUCUCUUUCAUCCUG